AGGAGGUGGUCCAGGUGGCAGAGGAGGUAAGUAAUGUUUCAAAAGGUCAGCUUAAGUAAUUUGUAGGUACAGUAAGGAUCUUGUUAAAAACAAUCAAAGAUUUUUGCCACAAUUAAUUACAUGUAUCAUACUUUAUAUGAUUUAAAUUCAAUGUAGGAAUAUUUUGUAGGUUUUUACAAAUGUUUUUUUUCUCUUAUAUUUAUAGUUUUAUAAUAACUUAGUUAUUAUAAGCUAUAUUUGAUAUAUUUAUACUUAAUUUACUGAAUUGGAGAUACCAGAAAAUCCAGAUAAGAUAAUAUGUAUGUUGAUGAACAAUCACAACAAGGUCAAACCAUAUUAGUCCAGAUUAUGGAGUCUAAUCUUUAAAAAUUGUAAUAAUUAUUUUCCCCUUUUUUAAUUAGGAGGUGGUGCAGGUGGAAGAGGAGGUAAGAAAAGUCACAAAGGUCAGCGUAGACAUUUUACAGAUGAGGAUGAAUUGAGAGAACAAGCACAGAAGGCAGAAAAGGAGAGGGCUUGGAGGGUAAAUACAUUAAUAAAAUAAUCAGAUUCCUUAAUGUUAGUUUUUUGCAUCAUUUCUAAAAUGGAAUUAUUUGCUAAUUUUCCAUCUCAUGUUAAUUUAUGAUAUUUUUUUAUUAACUUGAUUGUUAAUCGGGCUUGUAGGUAUCAUUGUAUUCACUAGCAUUUUAUGGAUGUAUCAGCCCAGCAUGGCAGCCAUUCUUUGGAGGGGGUAAACUCUAAGUAAAAAGCCCUAAACUACCGUAUCGGAAAGCAGUGGCCAGUUUAGCAUGUGCUAAAAAUCAGUUGUCUUCGUUAUCUGGGCUUAAAAAAAUUGUGAUAGGUGUCAAACUGGUAAAAAAAAAAGACUUAAAUCAUGUGACACAAUUGUUACAAAGGGGUUAAUUAACAGCACUUGAGUAAUUUUUUCAUUAUAAAUAGAAUUUCUCUACUUUGAAUUUAAUAAUUUGUGGUCUUUGGAAUUAAAUGAGUUUAUUAAGCCAGCUUCAAAUGUAUACAUCAUCUGCAGUGUUAAUAAAGAGAUAGUGCAGCUAAAAUAACCAAGAGGUUUUUUUUCUAAAUGAAUGGCUUUUUAUGAUUUAUCUUUGUUGUGUAACUGAACAAAUAUAAAGAAUAAACAUUUGUUUGUUUUAACAGCGUCAGCAGGGUAUUGAGAGUGAUGAAGAAGAAGAACCUGCAGUGGAAAAAGAUGAAACCGCGGCUGAGGGAGGUGCUAAAAAUAAGGAUUUGCCUCCAACAGAAUCAUCUGAGUCAGAGACAGAUAGUGAAGGGGAAGAGGUAAUGUGUUGAAAUUUGAAUUUCAUGAAAAUUGGAGUCUGAGAAUCAAACUCAAAAUGUAACUUGGAACAUAAAUUAUGACCCCUUCAGAAUCACAGAGAGGUGCAUUGUUCAGAUGACAAAUGAAAAGUCUUUAAAAUUCUAAUUCUAAUACAACUCCUAACGAUGUUGCCAUUUUUUUUGCUGUUUUUUUUUUUUUUGCGUGUGUACACUUCUGUCUGAUCUGUCAUUUCUUAAUCAGUCUUCCUCUACAAUGUCCUGAACGGGCACCACUUUUCUGUUUUUUAGUAAGAUUUAGGGUUACGUUACAAAAAAAAUCAAAUCUUAGGUGUUAGUCAACAAAUUUGUGUGAAAUAAAAAGCAAAAUAAAGAAAAAUGAAUGCAGAUUUAUUAUUGUACUCACAUGUUGCCAUUAAUCCUCAUAUGAACACAAAUAUUUGCAAAAAAACAACAUAUUGUUUGUGAUUGUGAGUAAUCUAUUCACUAUAGACAAACACUGCUACAAAAUCAAAGUUUGUAAAAUUAAACACUGCUUACUACGCUGAUUUCACUAAUAUUACUAAUAAUAUUAAUAUCUAGUUCCAAUUUAAAGUCAAUUCAUGCACUUAAAUUGAAUCCAGCGACAUCUCGCUAUCACUUGAAUAAUAGGCAAAUAAUCGGCAAAAUCCGUUUCGGAAAAAAAAUUUUUUAAACCACUAAAACUUUUAAAACAAAAUCGAUUAAAUACUUGUAACUGGCGCCUACUCUAUUUAGCUAUCGGAAAAACCGGAUGUAAACAAUAGGAAGUCUCGCAAAGCCUCGGAGGUCACGAGAAAACAACACUAUGUCGUUACGGACGCUUUUGGGCGUUUUGCCCUUUAAGUGGUAAAGACUUUUUUGGCCGCUCUGCCCCGUAAAGAGUUAAUACAUAUUAACAUUUGGAAAUUUCCUUGCAAUGAUGGUCAUCCAAGCCCUUUGAAUUCCUUCCAAAUUGUCAAAUCUUUGUUAACUUCAUCUCACACCAAAAAUUGAAAGAACACAUGUACAGUCUUGAUGUUUCUUAAUUAUAUGUAAUUUGUUACAAUAACACCCUCUUUGUUUAGAUAUUCUUUGUUUACUGUAUUUUAAUUUUUUUUGUAAAUGAGUCAGAUAUGAUUACACUACACAUUGUUUUCCCAGGAAAAACCCAAGGGUGUUUCACAUUUGAUAGAUAUUGAAAAUCCCAAUAGAGCUGCUGGGAAAACUUCUAAAAAAGUUACAGAGAUUGGUGAAACGGGAGGCAGUAACCUGUCAAGGAGGGAAAGGUGAUUUUUAUUACUAUAAUAAUACUUGGUUAAGUUUUAGUGUUUAUUGUAUUGUUCGUCUUUGAAAACACUUUUAAAAUAUUUACCUCAUGAUCUACCUUGGGAAUUUAUCCUCUGUGGGCGGGGAGAAGUUUGUCACAUCUUUGGGCAACAGAAAUAACUAAAAUAUAUUUAUAAGCACCAUUCAAUCCCAUGAAAUUUAUUAUUUCAAAAUACCCAUGUAUAACAUAGUGAUAGAUUUUUAAACUAAAAUAACAAAUGUUUUGUGAAAAAAUAGUGAUAAAAUGAAGAAAAAAAAUCAUAACUAGUAUUAAAUUGGAAUGGACUUUUUAAAAUUUAUUAUUCGAUGCACUAAUGUACCAGAGAACAAGUUGGUAUAAUUUAUUACCAUUGAUCAUAUGGUGCGUUAUGGAAAAGUUACACAAUUUUAGCUCUCUUAAAAAUGCAAUAAAUCAUGAUUUCAACUCAUAUUUGGCAAACAUAAAGAUUUAUAUGUUACAGUGCUUAAUAAAAUAGUGUAUUCAUUUGCCAUUAAUACUAAACUUAAUUCAUUAAAGUUUGUUAAAAAUAAAAAAAAUUAUUCUUUCUUCACUCUCCCCUAUAUGGCAAAACCAACAACUGACAUAAAUUAUUUCUUUUUUUUUUGGUACUUAACAUGUUAGGAAAUUGCACAAGCAAAAAGACCAAAUGUAAGUUUAAGUUUAAACAAAAUUGCAACUAACCCAAAGUUUCUUUUAACUUUAGGGAAGAAUUGGAGAAAAUUGAAGCUCGUCGACGCUAUCAAGCACUCCAUCUUGCUGGAAAAACAGAGGAGGCCCAGGCAGAUUUAGCCAGAUUAGCAAUUAUUCGUAAACAGCGAGAAGAAGCAGCCAAAAAGAAGGAAGAAGAGAAAAAAAGUAAGUAUAUUAUGGUGUUUUAGUUUCUUUACCUCGUAAUGUAUUACAAUAAUAUAUACAAAAUCUUUGUAAUUAAACAAAUUCAAAAUAAAAGGUGGAUACCGUAGUUGUUGGGACUGCAGUGAAGCUUAAAAUAGAUAAUUAAAUACUAGCAUAUGAAGCUUUUGGGUCAAAUACGUUUCAGCAGAAAGCUUUCAUCUUCAGAGAUAAACAAAGAACGGAUACAAAUGAAUUAACUAGGCAGUUCUGAUCACUUGCAAUAAAUUAUUUUGAGAGAAACAUUUUUAUUUUUUGAAGAAAAACUACAUGCAUUUCCACACAGCAAUUCUCUCUUACAGUUGAAUAAUGCAAAAAGAAAUAAUGCAAAAAGAAAAAAAAAGUGCUUGAGAAAAUACAUCAGAUGACUUGUGUUUAAAUUGUUCUGGGUUAAAAAGGUUUGUCUUUGUAAGAAUGUUUAUCAAAGUGCUAAAAAUGAAUAUGUACAUGGUAAAAAAAAAAAAAUAAAAAAAAGGCCAUUUCCAUUUAUUUGAAUUAAUACAAAAAAAUCUUAUCUAAUAAUAUAUGUAUGUGUCUUUCGACAGCUAAGGAAGCAGCCAAGGACGUAGCAGCAAAGACAAAGGGCAAGUCUUGACCUUAAUGUUAGUUGUUAAGAAAUUUCUUUACACGAAGUUCAUGUUGUACCACAAGUAUGCAUGUUUAUAAAUUAGACAUGUGCUCCACGUGUCAUUACGCAAACAAACCCUUCCAAACAUAUUGAUAUGUUUUGAGUCAAUUAUCAAUUUGUUGUUUUACUUUUUAUGAAAUAUAAUCUAAUGUUAAAUAGGUUUAAAUAUGAAUGGUGGUAAUUUUAGACGAAUUUGUUUUUUUCUUCAUUUUUGUCUGAUCUCCUGCAAUGUAAUUGCAAAAUUUAAGAAAAAUAGACUACACAUUUAAAUAGUGAGGUUCUUGUACAUCUGUGCCCUAGCUACCGCACAUACAUUUUUUGUGAGCAUAAAUUAUCUCUAAUAUUAAUUUUAAAAUCGCUUCAUUUAUGUCUGUUUUUUUUUUAUCGGGGUUGCUAUGCAGCUUCUAAUACCUACAUAUGUUUUACCUAUAAGUAAAGCCUGCAUCGGCCUGCUGCAGGUGACCAGGCGGGUCAGUGUUAUUCUUAAGGAUGUUUAUUGUUUUUUUUUUCUCCUUUUAGCAUUUUGUUAACUGCAUUGUUAAACAUAAAGUUAGCUGUGGCUUUAUAUUAUGUUGUAAUUUUACUUUAUCUAGUUUGAUUAUGCCACCUGUUGGCCUUUAUGAUUGUGAAAGUAAGAUAACAGUCAGCCUUGGUGAAAACCAAAAUAUUGUUUGAUUCAAAUCAGUUUGCCUAAAACAAAACUUUAACUGUCACUUUGGGUGUGCAAAGACCUUAAUGAAUUUUACAGAGGUUUGUGUUCCUCAAAGUCUAGGAAUUUUAUUUUCAUGUUUGAACUUGAAUGUCGCAAUUUUAAAAAAACUGUGAAAUAAAAAGGUGAUAAAAUUAUAUGCUAUAAUGUUUGCGUUGAUGUUUUUGUGGUAUUAGAUUCCUCAGUAUAGAUUUAACAGUGGAUAGAAGCUGCACCUUUGAUCUCACUAUGAUGAUUUCAAUCUUAGACCAAUAACAAAUAUUAGUUUGCCUCAGCAUAUCUCAAUGUUUAACAUUUCCUUAACCCAUUUCAAGGAUGUUAUGUCAUUUAUAACAGUUUAGAACAAUUAUGGUUUAAUUGUUUCCAGCUUGCAUCUGUGAAACCCCUCCCCCGCUAUUGAAUGUAGUGAUUCUUAAAUCAUAAUCCAAGCAUAUUAAUUAUGUUGCCUUCAAGAAUGCCAUCAGAUUUGGAAUACAUCAUGUGAAAUAUAUACUGAACAACUUCAACACGAAAACACAGUACUUAAUUUAAGUGAAAAACAAAUUUAUACAAUUAGGAAAUUAAAAUGAAAAGUAACACACCAUAAAAAAUAAAUAUUUUAAUGAAUUAUUUCAUAAAAUAAAUGUAUUUUAAAAAAUAGUGUGUGGAAGGUAGUAUAAAAUUGUACAGAUGUAUACCAUUACUAUUUUUUAGUGCUUUAUAAAUAAUUAGUUCUCUAGAAAUGACCUGUCAAAAUGACAAUUAUGAAAAAAAAAUCUGUUAUUUUCCUUAAAAUAUGACACUUUUAAACCAUUUAAUUUAAAGUGGCAAUGUUUUUGUUUUUUUAAUGUUAAAGAAAGAAAUACCAAAACCAUUUAAAAAAAAAAAAAAAGGUUGCUUCACCUGGGAAUCACAUAUAGUUCAUUGCUUUGCAGGGGAGUAUUUCUACCCCACAACCAAAACCACUCCUUACUUCAGGUUUAUGCAGAAAUCAAAUUAAGCUACAAUAAUAUUUAACUGAAUUGUAGGACCACAUGCGGUGAUAAGAAUAAAGGGAAACAACUACACAUUAACCCUAUUCUAGUUCUAGUUAAUCAUUUAUGUUGGCUUAUUUACAAAAAUGUAUACUUUCUCUAAAACAUAAUUUGAAAAACAAAAUGUUCAGAAUAUGCAAUAGCCAUCAUUUCAUUGCUCUGUGGUUGAUUGUCUGGAAAUAGAUUUUAACACUGAUAAACAUCCAUUUUAUUGCAAAUAAGAAAUUUCAGUAUCAUCCCUAUAUAUAUAUAAAAAAAAAAAGUUAUCAAUGACAAAUAAUAGUUUUAACAUAAAAAAAGCUAUUGUUCAUUGUUUUGAUCAUUUAUACAUACUGUGCUUUGCUAUAUUAAAAUAGCUACUGAGCCUUGGCCUUGAGUGUUAGUGUUUAUAAACUUCUGUGCAAAUGUUACAUUCAUAAUUGUAGUAUCGUAGCAGUUAGAAGAAAGUUGUUGGAUAUACGAGAUGACUUGGAUAAGGUGUUCACAUAAAGACAGAGAGAAUGUGUCAAAAAGAAAUCAGUCUCAACAAGCACAACUAAUGUAAAUUGAAUUAUUUUAAGUCCACUUCACACAAUAAUGACACUUGUUUUUCCUUUAUGUUACAAAGUGGACUGCAAGAAAGCUAGAAAUAUAAAGAAAAAGAGAACUGGGUAUAAACUAGACAAAAAUGGCCAAACAAUGGGGCCCGCAAUGCUGAACUUCCCAUCAACUAAAGUUACUUGACCAAACAUACUUCAAGUAAGGACUUGAUAAGAUUUCCAAUUGGUGCU